AUGAAGUCAGUCCUUGCCCAACGACAUCAGAUGAGACAUUGGCGUUCUAUAGCGAGAGAAUUUGAGAGCAAAUGGAACGUCCCACAUGCCUGUGGCGCCAUUAAUCGGAAACACGUUGCAAUUAAGAAGCCUCCACGUUCUGGGUCGCUUUUUUACAAUUAUAAAGGUUUCUUUUCUAUUGUGCUCAUGGGUCUUGUCGAUGCCAAUUACCGUUUCUUGUGGGUGGACGUUGGUGGAGAUGGUGCCAUGUCUGACGGGCAAAUCUUCAAUGAAUCAGAGCUAAAAGAAUGCCUUGAAGACUGUUUCAUAAACUUACCUGGUCCUGAUACCCUCCCCCACGAUGACCAAAACACACCAUAUUUCUUUUUGGGGGAUGAUGCCUUCGCACUCAGAACUUUUAAGAUGAAACCGUACUCCAGGCGACAGCUUACAGAUGAAGAAAGGAUUUUUAACUACCGCAUAUCAAGAGGACGCCGGGUUGUUGAGAAUGCAUUUGGCAUCUUGGCCAUGAGAUGGCAAGUUCUCGAACCAUGCAACAAAAGCCAGAUACUGUUCGGGUCAUAG